ACGAAACUCCCAAAUGGAAUCUAAAAUGUCAAACAAUAGCGCAGGCGCUACACAACCAGCCAGGAAAUACGUACCACCACACUUGAGAGCUCAAGAGAGGUCCCCUUCAGUUCCACCUGCAGUUGGCGCUUCUUCUCCAAUGCCAGGCGCUUUUACUAGAACUCCUUCAAAUUCUUCCUUCGCUGGAAGACCUUCAAAACCGCCUUCUUCCCUCCCACCUCGCACAAGAAGACCAGAUGGUUACGGAAAAUGGCUCGACGGUAUUCACAUUCCAGCGCCUAGAAACGAAAGGUUGGAGUUAGACUUGUUUGGUGAACCAGGCGAUCCGUUCAAGCAAUCAACAGGUAUCAACUUUGACAAAUACGCCGACAUCCCAGUAGAAGCUAAAGGUCAUAAUGUUCCUGAACCAAUCAUAGAGUUCACAAACCCUCCAAUUGAUCCUCACUUACUCGAAAACAUCAAAUUCGCUAGAUAUACAACUCCUACCCCAGUACAAAAGUAUUCCGUACCAAUUAUUGGUCAAGGUUGCGAUUUAAUGGCAUGUGCCCAAACUGGUUCAGGUAAAACUGGCGGUUUCCUCUUCCCUAUCCUUUCAGAAUGUUUCAAAAAUGGUCCUGUACAAACUCCACCUGCAAAUCCAUCAAAGUAUUCAACAAAAGUUUACCCAACUGCUCUUAUUUUAGCACCAACAAGAGAAUUGGUUAAUCAAAUACACGAAGAAGCUAAAAAAUUCGCUUAUAGAUCUUGGGUUAAACCUGCCGUUGUAUACGGUGGUGCCCCAUCUGGUGAACAAAUGAGACAAUUAGAUAGAGGUUGCGAUUUAUUAAGUGCCGCACCUGGUCGUUUAUGCGAUUUCAUUGAUAGAGGAAAAAUUUCAUUAGCAAAUGUCAAAUAUUUAGUACUCGACGAAGCUGAUAGAAUGUUGGAUAUGGGUUUCGAACCACAAAUUAGAAGAAUCGUACAAGGUUGUGACAUGCCUUCAGUUGAAGAUCGUCAAACUUUACUUUUCUCUGCAACAUUCCCAAGAGAAAUUCAAUUACUCGCUGGUGAUUUCCUUAAGAAUGAAAUUUUCUUAUCUGUUGGUAGAGUUGGUAGUACAUCCGAGAACAUCACUCAAACCGUUGAAUGGGCUGAAGACUUUGAGAAGAAGAGUGUCUUACUGGACAUACUUGAAGGACAUAUGGAACCUGAAUCAAAUAAUAGAACAUUAAUUUUCGUAGAAACAAAGAGAAUGGCUGAUAUCCUUUGUGACUUCUUGUUGCAAAAUAACUUAAGAGCAACAGCGAUCCACGGUGAUAGAGAUCAAAGGGAGAGAGAAUAUGCAUUGAACACAUUCAAAAUGGGUUAUAAUCCAUUGAUGGUUGCAACAGCCGUUGCUGCACGUGGUUUAGAUAUUCCUCACGUUUCUUUAGUAGUUAAUUACGAUUUACCAUCAGAUAUUGAUGAUUAUGUGCAUAGAAUUGGUAGAACAGGUAGAGCAGGAAACACUGGACACGCUAUAUCAUUCUUUAACCAAAAUAACCUCAAUAUUGUCAGAGGUUUGGUUGAAAUAUUAAGAGAAGCAAAACAAGAAAUACCAAUUUUCCUUGAACAAUCCCUUCAACAAGCUAGUGUAUUUGGUGGUAGAGGUCGCGGAAGAGGUGGAUCAAGAGGACGUGGAAUGUCAUCUAGAGGUGGCGGUUCCGGUUUUGGUUCACCAUUUAGAAGAACAGCUUCAUCCUGGGAUAGCCCAUCCAACAGUACAUCAUUCUCUCACGAUUCACCUGCAUAUUGGAUACAAAAAAGUUAAAUAAUAAAUAACACAUCCGCUCGCAAGUUUCAGAUCUUCCGACUUUAUAUAUGUAAUUUUUAUUUUAUUUUAUUUUAAUUCGUAUCGUCAUACUCCCAUACGCUGCUGAGUAACUGCGAAGACAGUGAUGAGUUCCGAAGAGAGAAAAUACAAUGCGCUAAGCAAAGAACCAUAUCCAGAUAACGUUAAAACCAGUUUUGAUAGUGUCAAAGACGCAGUCGAGGCUUACAAAAAUGGUGAAUUCGUGAUAGUCAUGGAUGAUGAAGGGAGAGAGAACGAAGGUGAUCUGGUCAUACCAGCCUGUGGUAUUACAGCAGAACAGAUGGCCUGGAUGAUAAAAUGGACGAGCGGUUAUAUUUGCAUUUCCUUAGAAGAAGAACGUCUCAGGGAGCUUGACAUACCGAUGAUGACUGGAGAGAAUACAGAAAAACAUAGAACAGCCUACACAGUCACCGUGGAUUAUCUCCGGGGAGUAACGACAGGUAUAUCAGCAGCUGAUAGAGCGCUUACUGCACGAAUGUUAUCACCUUCAUCCGGUGCUGUCGCUAGUGAUUUCAAUAGACCGGGACAUAUGGUUCCUUUGCGUUAUCAUGCCGGCGGAACAACACAGAGGGAAGGCCACACGGAAUCUGCAACCGAUUUGGCUAUCCUUGCCGGAUUGCCACCUGCAGGAUUACUCUGUGAGAUUGUCAACCCUGACGCUCCAGAUGGUAGUAUGGCACGCCUCGACGAUUGCUUCAAGUUCGCAGGAAGAUGGGACAUUCCAAUUAUAACGGUUAAGAUGAUUAAACAAGCUAUAGAGAAUCGUUCUUUAUGAGUUUUUAAGGAUUUUUGUAUAAUAGAUUUCCCUUGCUUAUGAUUAUC